CGGGUCCGGCGACCGAGGCCAGGCAGGCGGCUGUUCGGAUGUGGGGCUGCAGGGCCCGGGAUUUGCUUUGCUUGUGGGAGGUGCGGCUGGCUGGGUUCCUGGGAAGGAGACUGCUGAGCAGCAAUGCUGCCUCGGGGAAGAGCAAUGCGCGGCGGUGCUGGAACUGCGGUGGCAGCGCCGCGGGUGUGGAGAGUGGGGAUGGGUUCUUCUGCGAACACUGCCGCGCCUUGCAGCCUCCUGACCCGACUCGGGACUACUUCAGCCUCAUGAAUUGCCACCGAUCCUUUAGGGUUGACGUCAUGAAGCUUCAGCACAGGUACCAGCAACUACAACGUCUCGUCCACCCAGAUUUCUUCAGCCAAAAGUCUCAGACUGAGAAACUCUUCUCAGAGAAGCAUUCGACCCUGGUGAAUGAUGCCUAUAAGACUCUUCAGGCUCCCCUGAGCAGGGGACUAUACCUUCUAAAGCUCCAAGGAAUAGAAAUCCCCGAAGGGACCGAUUAUGGAACUGACAGUCGGUUCCUUGUGGAAAUAAUGGAAAUCAACGAGAAACUCGCAGAGGCUCAAAGUGAGGCUGCCAUGGAAGAGAUAGAGUCCACAGUCAGAGCUAAACAGAAAGAAUUUACUGACAGCAUAAACAGAGCUUUUGAACAAGGUGAUUUUGAAAAAGCCAAGGAAAUUCUAAUGAAGAUGAAAUACUUUUCAAACAUAGAAGAGAAGAUCAAGUUAAGCAAGAGUCCCCUCUAGUUGCUAAUUUAAAGUUUUAAAAAUAAACUUUCUAUGUAUUUCUU